ACCAGCCGGCUGUCCCUCGUCAUGCCUGACUCAUUUCCGUUUAUCAUACAUCUCGGUCCUGGCAACUGGGCUUCCCGGUACGAUAUUGGGCGAAUUUGAAAUACGAAGCACUCCGACACCGUACAGCAGUGCGCUACGCGCCGCACUUAUAGGGCUUCAGUUUCUCUUCCCACCGUACUCCAAGAUGGCUGAAGAGAAGAGACGCAGCCCACUCAAGGUGGGCGCAGUUGUGGUCAUGUACUGGACCAUCUCCAUAUCCAUGGUAUUUAUCAUGAAACAUUUGCUGAGCGGUAGCUACGGCAACCAGGACCUCACCAUCUUCGUCACAUGGUACCAGAGUGCCUCUGUGGUUGUGUUCAUUCUGGCCAUGUCAGCUGCAUCUAGACUCCUCAAGUUUGGAUUCAGUGUUCCUUCCCUGGAUAAAGAAACUAUUCUUAACAGUGACAUGCUCUCACUGAGCUUCUCAUUUGUCAUCAGUCUCACAAUGAACAACCUCCUGCUGAAACAUAUUAGUGUGUCAUUUUAUCAAGUUGCACGAUCCCUGACUCUCAUCUUCUCCAUACUGUUGUCAGUCUGCAUGCUGGCGAAAGCUCCUUCUUACAAAGUAGUAUUUGCCUGUCUGCUAAUCAUAUGUGGGUUUGUUAUUGGGGUGGACCAAGAAGAGGCAUCAGGCUCCAUCACCAUUUGGGGAAUUAUCUACGGACUACUAGCAAGUCUUACCUCGGCCUUAACAGGUAUAUAUUUCAAGAAGGGAGAAUAUGCUGUUGGAGGAAGUGCUCUGAAGCUGGCUUACGUCAAUAACUUUAACAGCAUGGUGAUAAUAUUUCCUCUUGUACUCAGCACAAAUCAGCUGUCACAUAUCAUGAACUCGGACAUAGCUACCCAGCCCCAGUUGUGGUUGUUCCUUACAGCCUCGGGUGUUCUCAGUCUCGCCAUUGGCUGGGCAAGUGCCCUGCAGAUCCGCUACACCUCCCCGGUCACCCAUCAGAUCAGCAUCAAUGCCAAGUCCAUUACUCAGACUGUCAUCGCUAUCUUAUGGAACAAUGAACAUAAAACUGCAUUCUGGUGGUUUGGUAACAUCCUUGUGUUGUUUGGUAUUGGGGUCUACACCUACACCAAGUUUCAAGAGACCAGGAGCCAAAAGGUUGAGACGUCACCAGUGCCGUCAAAGAACAGCUCUAGUGACAACUCUUCACCUAAGCAGCCAGCUGUGUGAAAGAAGGCAACAAUUCAUAACUACCCAUGUUUUACCUCUAUCUGUAACUACCAUCCCAUACUUUGGCCCAUUUAUUAUGUUGACUGAUUUGAAUAUGUCUCUGACUGUUUAACCUGUUUGUGCUACGUGAUCCAAGGGUUACGUGAUGGUGCUAUUUAAUGCAUGGCUAUUUUAAAUGCUGUAGGUUGACCAUGUAUCCAAAGUCUAUAGAAUAGGACCUUAAUAUUGUAUUAAAUUAUAAUGUUUGUCCUUUUCCUGCAAAAAAUCUCUACAGGACACUCAUUUCAGUUCUGGUUCAUUGUACUGAUUGUGAUUGUCAUGAAUGAAAAUUUAUUAGUAAGCAAAUCUUCUGUCUUCAGGACAAUAAUUCUGGGCAAAAUAAGGACUGUCAAUUAUGCCUGGAGAAUGUUUGGGGUGUUGUUUUGUACACAUAACAUUAUUGUAUUUACCCAGAAUUGCUCAGUACAUUUGUGUAUUCCUUAUCAGAGUUUGCACCAGUAUUAUCACGAGCUGGUAAUUACAGGUUUUGUCAUAAGCCAAAAAUGGUCCCAAACAAGUAUUGGCUGGAGAUGUUUUGUGCUCUUUUCCAUUUCAAAUUUCGAAAUAAGGACUUGUUAGUAUCAUGAAUCUCAGCGUGCUUCUUCACUCUCCUUGUACCGCUGCAGAAGUUACAAUCUUCAGAGCUAAUUUAGAUAUUCUGGGACGAUUGGAUUGUAUCGUGUGUGGUUGUUUAUUUGCCCACAUAAUGUGGACAAGUGUUUUUCCUGUUAAUUAUUACCAUUCUUUGGUGUUGCUAAUUGUCAAAAACUGUCAAUAGUAGGCCCCAAUAUAGUUUUGGUUACAUAUCCUAUGAGCUAAAACAUAUGUUUGGAAAUUCACCGGUGGAAAACCAGAAAAGUAUCUGACAAGAGCAGAUUUUGUUUUGUGUAUGACUUUUUGUGUAUGUACAUUUAAAAAGAAUAACUAUGUCACUAGGAGGUGGUGGGGUAGCGCCGUAGUUGAAGCACUUGCUAUUACAACAAAUGUCUCCUCAUCCUAUUUCUGGUGAUCCCUGAUCAUGCUGGCGUUGAUGGAAAAUUGCUAUUAGUGGUAAAUGGUCGCUCUCUCGCUCACUCACGUUGAAAUCCAACUGCAUGACAUCAAACCGAGUGACAGAACUGGUUAUUUAAUUGCUUCCUUUUCGCUUUCAUUCCUUGAAACUUUUGAGCAUUAUUGUAAUCAACAAAUAAUACUGAACAAAGACCACUCUCUAACUGGUAACUUUGCCCUUCGGAAACCAGUUUUAUUCAUUAUCUCAUGUGUGUCUUGUAACCUUGAUUUAACAAUUUUGAAGUUUAGACAGGAAAAUCAGUACUGACCAUAGUUAUUCAUUUGAUGGUCCACCUAUUUGCGUACCAAGAAGUAAGAUUAGAAUGUUCACUACCCCAAUGUAUUCAUCAACUCUCAUUUAUUAUACUUGAUAUGCAUAUGUUUUCACAUUUCCUUGCCCUUGGUUUAUGUAUAAUUGUGAGAUAUGUUCCUUGACCGCUGCCUGUGAUAUUUGUUUACUUGUGUUGAAGGAUAUGUACAAAUUGGAUCUGUCAGAUGGGUUAUUGUGUUUAAUAUACCUGCUGAUGGUAGUGCAUUUCAAUCAGGACAAUAGAUUGUUGAAACCUUUUGUCAAUCAUAAUCAAGUGAAAGAUAUUUUUUAUACCAUUUAUUAUUUGUUUAUGUAAUAUUAUUUUUUACUAUCAUUACCAUUACUUACUAACCUGUUUGGCCACUUCUGAUUAACAUCAGAGAAUUUUUGUAUGUGAUAGUCCUAACAUGUCUGGCUCUGACUAGUAUCACACAAUGUUUUUUGUACAUAAUAUUGCCAGCAUAUAUACAGGGAUUGGGAAAGGCAGGGGCCAUGGGUCAUUUCGCACAUUAGAAAAAAAGAAUGGGCCAUUAAAAUUGUUCAAGUUUACUACUGAUUCAAGGGCAGUGGCCCAUUCUAAAUAUAGAAAAUGGCUAAUAAUCCUGAAAAUGGCCCAAAGUCAAAGUUCUCUAUCCAAGUCCCUGUAUAUAUGUAGGCACAACAAGAAGAUAUUGGUAGGAACAGGGGCAGACACGGGGAAUGGCAGGAUAGUUUAGGGUGCAUAGUCUUAAUUUUACAUUUUGUUUCUGCUUCUGAGGGGUAGUAUGGUAGCCCACUGGUUCCAAAGCUUGCCAAAGAUCCAGGUUUGAUUCCCCACAUGGGUACUAUGUGGGAAGCCCAUUUCUGGUGUCCUUUCCCCUCCCUCCCCCCCCCCCCUCAUUGUGAUAUUGCUUGAAUAUUGCUAAAGGCAGUGUUAAACCCAACUCACUUACUCUACUUCUUAACCCAUAUUAUCAACUGCAUGUGUUAUUGUCAAAUUUAGGAUUUUUAUGCUGUCACAGAAAACUUAUUUGAUAAUGUUUGUUUCAACAUGUCAACCCAAACCCAUUUGGACUUACAAGUGUGUGCUGAAUCCAAUUUCAGGUGUAAUUUUCGUUUGCAUUCAGCUGUUUCAAAGUUAACAGAAUAGAACCCUCUACACACACGCACACACACACACACACUUUUGGAAAUUUCUGGAUCAGCCUAUGUGAUUGUAUAGAAAUACAGCUAGGAACCAACUCCAGCACACUCCAGGUUGACUCAGAAUGUUUCAUCCACCAAGCGUGGUAGUCAAAGGGAGAUAACUCUUUGUGGACUAUUAAGGCAUCUUUGUCAAUAUUUGGAAAUAGUUUUCUGAUUUAUUCUGCAUUCUGUACUUUUUAUGUUGGUGAGCUUUAACACAUAUAAAAGUAAUUUAUUUUGAUUUGUUCUGAAGGAAGUCAGAAAAAAAAGGUAUCAAGUAUUUGUUGUGGUUGUACUUUGAGGUACAACAAUUUGUAUGACAGUAUGCCAGAAUGAAAUAGGAAUUGUAAUAACUGAAAUUUUAAUCAUUAUUAAAACGUUAACCAUUCCGACAUUCCAGCCCACCUUGCAGCCUCCACUCACUCAUGUACAUUCUGACAUGUUCAGUUUCCUGUUUCCUGUUUUAUAUUUCUGUUGUUGCACAUAUGUGAUAAUCUGUCAUAGCAUUUUGGUUGCCAUGACAAUAAGUACUGGACAGACAAUCUCAAAGUAUUGGACUAGGUUCCUUCUUAAUGAAAGUGUUCAUGUGAAUGAUGUGUAUUGCUAUGGUGUGUUCAAAUUAAGUUGUUUUGUUACGAGAAUUUGUGUUCCAGAGAAACUUAAACUGUAUUAGUUGUCCAAAAUAUGUAGCACAAGAGAUGCACAUUUUGCAAUUCAGUGACCAGCUGUGAAUACAACUGAGAGGUGGUAUGUGUUUGUGGCCCAUCUCACAAGCCAUUCAUGCUGUUGUUGUAGGGGUGUUUACUUUCUUGUGUGUUCAGGGAGGGUAGGAACAAAGUUAUAAUUACCACUCAUUUCAUCUGUCUGGUCCCUUCUUGCAACCAGAUGCAUAUCUGUACAAAUAUACAUGGUUAUCAUGUUUAUGGUCUAAUGUUAGAUCUGGUUACAGUUAACAUUUGUUUUACAUCGAGCCAAUGGGGUCAAUUGGGCUACCAAACCUCCAUGCACUAUUGUGUUGAAGUAGCAAGCCCACCAAUAUGGCUUUAAUGUCUCUGAACAGCUUAUCCUGAAGAACUGUGACCCUUAUUCAACAAUACAUAAUCACAGCAGACGGUGUUAAUUGUG